AUGGACUCCCCAAUCGUGGCCCAGCUCUUUCGUCAGCUCUUUCACCAUCGGCCUCCAGGCUGUAAAAGCAUCAGAAACCUUCCCCGCCUCCGCAAUGGCCUUCGAACCACCACCGCUAUCAGCCAGAACCGCUUCUAUGCUGCGGGACGACCUUCGAGCGAUCGCGGAAUGAAGACAAAUGAGAGUCGAUGGCAGCAAAGGACGAAUCUCUUACCUCAGGAUCGGUCGGCGGAGUUUGCCGAGUACCCUUAUAUAACUGCUGCCGAGCUUAAGGAACGAACUGAACGGCCGCGCAAGGUUAAGAUGUUGCUAAGAGACUUUAUUGACGACAGCCUUUAUAACCCCUCCUACGGGUACUUCUCCAAACAAGCUGUCAUCUUUAGCCCAGGCGAGCCCUUCGACUUCAACUCGAUGCGCGACGAGAUCGAAUUUCAAGCCGAGCUAGGCCGUCGAUACACCGAAUUCGAAGACAUACUCGACGACCGCGAGGGCGAGAACCCAACACGCCAGCUGUGGCAUACACCCACUGAGCUCUUCCGUCCUUACUACGGCGAAGCCAUUGCUCGCUACCUCGUCUCCAACUACCGCCUUACCACAUAUCCUUACCACGAUCUUCUAAUCUACGAAAUGGGUGCUGGUCGCGGAACGCUGAUGUUGAAUAUUCUUGACUAUAUUCGCGAAGUCGACCCCCAAGUUUAUGCUCGUACGAAAUUCAACAUUAUUGAAAUUUCGUCUACCCUUGCUGCGCUACAGAACAGACAUCUUUUGUCAACAGCUGCAUCUCGGGGCCACGCAGACAAGGUCGAGAUUAUCAACCGCUCCAUCUUCGAAUGGGAUCAAUACGUUCCUUCACCAUGCUUCUUCCUGGCCAUGGAAGUCUUCGAUAACUUCUCUCACGACGGUAUUCGCUACGACAUCAACACCGAGCAACCCCUCCAAGGCCACGUUCUGAUCGAUGGUGAUGGUGAUUUCUACGAGUUCUACGUACAUGAGCUAGAUCCUCUCGCAGCGCGAUACUUCCGAGUUCGUCAUGCCGCUACAGGAGGCAACUACCCCAAGCCGUACCCCAACAAUGCUGUUCUGCGCUACCUCUCCAGCAAGAUGCCCUUUGCCGCCAACCUUUCCGACCCCGAGUUCAUCCCCACUAGACUCAUGCAAUUCUUCGACGUGCUUGAGAAGUACUUCCCAGGUCAUCGUCUCGUGACAUCUGACUUUGAUUGGCUACCCCAAGCUAUCAAGGGAAUGAAUGCGCCUGUUGUCCAGACAAGAUAUCACAGGAGGAUGGUGCCCGUCACAACACCCUUGGUUCACCAGGGUUACUUUGAUAUUCUGUUCCCCACAGAUUUCCAAGUCACAGAAGCCAUCUACCGUGCCAUCACAGGCAAGCUGACCCGUGUCAUGUCGCAUGGUGAUUUCAUGCGCAAGUGGGCGUUUGUUGAGGACACCGAGACUCGAAGUGGCGAGAACCCCUUGAUAUCCAACUACCGCAACGCCAGUGUUCUUGUAACCGUGUAA